AAAUUCAACGAAUAAAAAUACAAAGUUCAAAACCCUCAAAUUAAAACCCUAGUUCUUCUUCCCUUCAUUUCAAUGGAGCCACUUGAAUGAAGAUCACAGACAACGAAGAACAACAAGAAAAACAUACCCAUUAACUCAAAACUUUGCACAGACUUUUAAUUUCCCUCACCCAUAAAAAUAACAUGGCAUUUUUACCCCUCUCUAGACACUACAAACACCAUGUUCAUCACACUUUACCAAGACUCUCACUCCAUUUCUGCACUUCAACAGCUGAACCAAUCCAAGAAAUUCAAAUCAAGAACCGAAUCCCUCGAGGUAAGCGUCCAAACCCAGAAAAAUUAGAAGAUGUAAUCUCCAAAAUGAUGGCUAAUCGGGCCUGGACAACCCGUUUACAGAAUUCAAUUCGUGAUUUAGUCCCUCAAUUUGACCAUUCAUUAGUUUACAAUGUUCUCCAUGCUGCUCGUAACUCCGAGCACGCGCUUCAGUUCUUCAGAUGGGUCGAGCGAUCCGGGCUGUUUAAACAUGACCGUGAAACCCAUAUGAAAAUCAUUGAGAUUCUUGGUAGAGCUUCUAAGCUUAAUCAUGCUAGGUGCAUUUUAUUAGAUAUGCCGAAAAAGGGCGUUGAAUGGGAUGAAGAUAUGUUUGUUGUGUUAAUUGAUAGCUAUGGUGAGGCUGGAAUUGUUCAAGAAGCUGUUAAGAUUUUUAAUAAAAUGAGUGAGUUGGGUGUGGAGAGGAGUGUUAAGAGUUAUGAUUCUUUGUUUAAGGUUAUUUUGCGGAGAGGGCGGUAUAUGAUGGCGAAACGAGUUUUUAAUAAGAUGUUGAGUAAUGGGAUUGAGCCGACUAGGCAUACGUUUAAUAUUAUGCUUUGGGGAUUCUUUUUGUCGCUGCGGUUGGAUACUGCGAUGAGGUUUUAUGAGGAUAUGAAGAAUAGAGGGAUAUCGCCGGAUGUGGUUACUUAUAAUACUAUGAUUAAUGGGUUUUAUAGGUUUAAGAAGAUGGAUGAGGCGGAAAAGUUGUUCGUCGAGAUGAAAGGGAAGAAUAUUGAUCCCACGGUUAUUAGUUAUACGACUAUGAUUAAAGGAUAUGUUGCAGUGGAAAGAGUGGAUGACGGAUUGAGGAUGCUUGACGAGAUGAAGUCGUUUGGUAUUAAGCCGAAUGUUCAUACUUAUUCGACUUUGUUGCCGGGGCUUUGCGAUGCCGGGAAAAUGGUUGAGGCUAAAGAUAUUUUGUCAGAGAUGGUGUCCAGGCAUCUUGCUCCAAAGGAUAAUUCGAUUUUUAUGAGGUUGUUAACUUGCCAGUGCAAGGCUGGGGAUCUCAGAGCUGCUGAGGAUGUGCUAAUGGCAAUGAUGCGCCUGCAUAUACCAACCGAGGCGGGUCAUUACGGUGUGUUGAUAGAGAAUUUAUGCAAGACUGAAGAGUAUGAUCAGGCAGUGAAGUUGUUGGAUAAGCUUCUCGAGAAGGAAAUUAUUACAAGGCCUCAGAGCACUCUGGAAAUAGAGUCGAGUGCUUAUAACCCUCUGAUUCAGUAUCUAUGCAGUCAAGGGAAAACAGGAAAAGCAGAAGUCUUUUUCAGGCAGUUGAUGAAAAAGGGUGUUCAGGAUCCUAUCGCCUUUAAUAAUCUGAUAUGUGGUCAUGCAAAAGAAGGGUCUCCUGAUUCUGCUUUUGAAAUUUUCAAAAUCAUGCGUAAACGAGAGGUUCCUCGAGAUUCAGAAGCUUACAAACUGCUAAUUGAGAGUUACUUGAGGAAAGGCGAGCCAGCUGAUGCCAAAACAGCUUUGGAUGGUAUGCUUGAAGACGGGCACGUACCUGAUUCAUUAGUAUUUAGAUCAGUGAUGGACAGUUUAUUUGAAGAUGGAAGAGUUCAAACAGCUAGCCGUGUUAUGCAAAGCAUGGUGGAGAAGGGGGUGAAGGAAAAUACAGACUUGGUAGCUAAGAUUUUGGAAGCUCUUCUCAUGAGAGGCCAUGUUGGGGAAGCCCUCGGACGAAUCGAGCUACUUAUGCAUAAUGGUUUUGAUGUUAAUUUUGAUCAUCUUCUGUCUGUUCUUAGUGAGAAAGGCAAGACAAUUGCAGCUCUUAAGUUGCUAGAUUUUGCCUUGGAGAGGGAUUUCACGGUAGAAUUUAAAAGCUACGAUAAGGCGUUGGAUGCACUUUUAGCUGCCGGGAAAACCCUAAAUGCUUAUUCAAUUUUGUGCAAAAUUAUGGAGAAAGGAGGGGCAACAGAUUGGAGUAGCAGCAAUGAUUUGAUUAAGAGCUUGAAUCAGGAAGGAAACACAAAGCAGGCUGAUAUUCUCUCAAGAAUGAUAAAGGGAGGGGACAAGUCUCUUAAAGGUAAAAAACAAGCUUCUUCUGCUGUGUAACCUUUGCCUUUAUUUCAAUGUAAAACGUCAACUAGUUUUGAACUCAGCAAAAUAAAUUCAGAUUUUUUUCUUCUA